ACUAAUACUAAUACUAAUACUAAUACUAAUACUAAUACUAAUACUAAUAUAAUGCUAAUACUAAUACUAAUACUGGAGGGUUUUGCUUUUGUUUUUGAGGGUCGUGGGAGCAAAUGCCUGUUUAACUGCUUAUCACAAUGCCUGGCACAUAAAUGCCAAAUACAUGAUAGAAUAUUUUCCGACUAGUCUGUCUCAUGAGCAUGCGGGGAAAAAGAUCAUCGAAGGCAGUUACCGGAUGGGUGGAGGGGAGCAAACACCUUAAAAACGUUUCCCCCUCGGUCACAGAUUGCACAGCCCAUGUCCCCAGACCCUGUCCUCUGGGCCCUGCCAGAGUGUGUGACCCUGGCCCACUGACUGGCUUUUCUCUUCACCUUGCCUCUUCUUCAAUCUUUUUUUUUUCCUCCCAAAAAACCUGUUUUUGUGAUUUCCAACUUGGAUUGGUUAGAACUUGAAGUUUUCCCCAGCCUUUCCAGUUGUGUAUAACCAAAUGGAGGAACAAAGCUGUCGGACUCAGAAUUUCGCUUAGAUGAAAGUUUUCAGAUAUGUAAGUUGGACAUUUGUACCUCUCUCCUGUGUUUGAGAAAGUCGUGGUGGACGGUGGGAUCAGGCUCAAAAUAACAGACAUGAGCCCUCCUCCAGCUGGCAGAAUGGCGGUGUUCCAGAGGCUGAAGCUGCUUCUCUGGAAGAACUUCAUCCUGAAGAAGCGGAAGACGGUGGUGACAGUCCUUGAAAUCUUGAUGCCAUUCCUGUUCUCUGCGAUCAUAUUGUACCUUCGUUUCAACAGUGUGCCAAGAAGAAGACCAGCUUCUAACUACAGUGCAUUCGAUGUCAAUUCACUCCCAGAACUCUUCUUUAAUUAUCCUCAGAAAAGCAGACUUCAGCUAGCUUACAUCCCUUCCCAGAGCGAGGCUGUGAAGGCUGUCACUGAGAGGGUGGAGCAAGACUUUGACGUUGAGCUUGAAGUUCUAGGCUUCUCUUCAGUACCUGUGUUUGAAAAUUACAUAAUUAAGGAUCACAAAGCUUUCUACAUUCUGACAGGAAUUGUUUUUCACCAUAGAUUCAAUGACAGCAAUGACCCUUUGCCACUUGAGGUUCAGUAUAGUUUGCGCUUCAGUUACAUUCAGAGGAAUUUUUUACCACUUAGGCAUUUGUUCAUUCUUCAAAAUGACCCUGAAGGCUGGUGCACAUCCUUUCUUUAUCCUCCGAAUCCACUCCAAGAACCCCGGAUGUACAAGCAAGCUGACGGCGGAAGCCCUGGAUACAAUAGAGAAGGCUUCCUGGCCAUCCAGCAUGCUGUGGACAAGGCCGUCAUGUGGCAUCACGCUCACAACACGGCAGCCGACAUGUUUGGCAGUCUCAGUGUGCUGCUGAAGCGAUUCCCGUAUGGGCCCUUCAUUCAAGACAGGUUCUUCCUGGUGCUUCAGAAUGAGUUCCCGUUGCUCCUCAUGCUCAGCUUCAUCUGUGUGGAGCUCGUCAUCAUCAAUUCCAUUUCGCUGGAGAAAGAGAAGAAACUGAAGGAGUACAUGUGCAUGAUGGGACUGGACAACUGGCUGCACUGGGUUGCUUGGUUCAUCAUGUUCUUCAUCUCUGUCUGCAUUGCGGUUUUUGUCAUGACCAUUCUCUUCUGCAUAGAGGUGAAUGGUGUUGCGGUGUUCACGAGCAGUGACCCUAUUUUGAUAUUUGUUUUUCUGAUGUGCUUUGCCAUUGCCACAAUUUUUUUUGCAUUCAUGGUCAGCACAUUCUUCCAAAGAGCCCAUGUUGGAACCGCCGUGGGAGGCAUCUUCUUCUUCCUCACCUACCUCCCGUACCUGUACCUCACUUUCAACUACCAGCAGAGGAGCCACCUCCAGAAGAUCCUCUUCUGUCUCCUGUCGAAUGUCGCCAUGGCACUGGGGGUCCGAUUCAUCUCCGUGUUAGAAGCAGAAGGUCUGGGCGUCCAGUGGAAGGACGUGGGCAGUGUCCGUGGAGAGUUCAAUUUCACCCACGUGCUGCUGAUGCUCCUGCUGGAUUCUUCCCUCUACUGCUUGGUGGCCUGGUACGUGGAGGCCGUCUUCCCGGGCAAGUUUGGCACGCCCAAGCCAUGGUACUUCUUUGCCAUGCCCUCCUACUGGCGUGGAAAACCUGCACCUGUUACCCAGACACGGCUGGCUGUGGGCGUUCCUGAAAAGUCUGUGACCGGCAAGGUCCUUCAGGAAGAGCCGACCGACUUGAUGAAAGGAAUCGAAAUCCAGCAGCUGUACAAGGUGUUUUACAAGGGAAGGAGCGAGCACAUAGCAGUGAAAGGUCUCACCGUGAAUCUUUACAGGGGGCAGAUCACCGUGCUUCUGGGACACAACGGAGCAGGGAAAACCAUGACCUGCUGGAUGCUCACAGGUCUUAUUCCCUGUUCAGGUGGAAAGGCAUAUAUCAACGGAUACGAAAUUUCACAAGACAUGGCUCAAAUUAGGAAGAGUAUGGGCUGGUGCCCCCAACAUGAUAUCUUAUUUGAUAACCUCACAGUGGCAGAACAUCUUUCUUUCUAUGCCCAGCUGAAAGGCCUGUCGCCCCACAAGUGCCCCGAGGAAGUCAAGCAGAUGCUGCACGUGCUGAGCCUGGAGGACAAGCGUGACUCCCGCUGCCGGUUCCUGAGCGGGGGGAUGAAGCGCAAGCUGUCCAUCGGCAUCGCCCUCAUCGCAGGCUCCAAGGUGUUGAUUCUGGACGAGCCCACCUCGGGCAUGGACGCCAUCUCCAGGAGGGCUGUCUGGGACCUGCUGCAGCAGCAGAAGAGCGACCGCACCAUCCUGCUGACCACCCACUUCAUGGAUGAGGCCGACCUGCUGGGGGACCGCAUCGCCAUCAUGGCCAAGGGGGAGCUACAGUGCUGCGGGUCACCGCUGUUCCUCAAGCAGAAAUACGGUGCAGGAUAUUAUAUCACUUUACUGAAAACACCUCGCUGUAACACAGAGGCACUUUCUCACCUGAUGUAUCAUCACAUACCAAAUGCUGUUUUGGAGUCCAGCGCUGGAGAAGAAGUAAUAUUCAUACUUCCUAGAGAGAGCGUGCACAGGUUUGAAUCUCUGUUUAACGACUUGGAACUGAAGCAGGCGGAGCUGGGCAUCGCCAGCUUCGGGGCCUCUGUCACCACCAUGGAGGAUGUGUUCAUUCGGGUUUGUACGUUGGCAGACUCCAGUGUAAAUCUUCCAGGCAGCAAACGCUCCUCUCUCCGUCCUCAUCCCCUGGUUAGCAGAGUUCCUGUUGACAGAAUUAAACACAUUCAUUCAAGGAUCUACUCCAUACACAGUGGCCUCCCGAUCAGACUAAAUACUGGGUUCCGUCUUCUGUGCCAGCAGUUCCUCGCCAUGCUCCUGAAGAAAGCAAUGCACUCCUGGCGCGGCUGGAUGCUGAUGCUGUCGAUGCAGGUCCUGGUGCCUCUGCUGGUCAUUGUGUUAAGCCUCUUCCUCUUCAGCUUCAAAGAAAGGAGCAUGGCAAGCGUCCCCCUGGCGCUGAAUCUGAAAGCAUACGGCCGGACCGUCGUUCCAUUCUCUGUUCCUCAGAACCCCAGGUUGGACCCUCAGCUUUCAGAACGCUUUGCAGACAUGCUUGUGGCCCAGGGGCAGGUUCCCCUGGAGGUCCCAGGUUCUCUAGAGACAUUCCUACUGAAAAAGGCAAAAGAGGAACCCGAGAAUUUUAAUAAAUUCUACCUUGUGGCAGCCUCCUUCAAAGACGAUGGGAACCAAACCAUAGUGACUGCGCUGUUCAACAACCAGGCGUACCACUCCCCUGCCCUGGCUCUCAGCCUGGUGGACAAUUUCCUCUUCAAAUUGCUUUCUGGUAACAGGGCUUCGAUAAUCACCUCCAACCAUCCUCAACCUCAGUCAGAGACGGAGAUCUCCGAGAGUGUCCUGUACCAGGGCCCUAAAGGACAUUACCUUGUUGUCAACUUGCUUUUUGGAAUAGCCUUUCUGUCUAGCUCGUUUUCCAUCUUGACUGUCAGAGAGCGCCGAAUUAAGGCCAAGCACAUCCAGUUUGUCAGUGGUGUUUACUUGUGGGCUUACUGGCUCUCCGCUCUGCUCUGGGACCUCAUCUCCUUCCUCGUCCCCACUCUGCUGAUGGUGGUGGUGUUUCUGUACUACAAUGAAGAAGUGUUUACACACCGUGGAAACAUCCUUGCUCUUGUCUUGAUGUUGAUUCUCUAUGGCUGGGCUAUCAUCCCCCUCAUCUACAUAAUCAGCUUCUCCUUCGAAAGUGCCAGCCACGCCUGCGUCAAGCUGGUCGUCAUGCUCACCUUCUUGAGCAUUGGCCCCAUCAUGCUGGUCACCGUCACAGCCGAGCAAGACCUGGGUUAUGAAGCAAUCUCAGAGAACCUGGAUCACGCGUUCCUCGCACUCCCGGGCCACUGCCUGGGGAUGGCUUUCUGCAACUUAUAUUACAACUUUGAACUACAGAGGUUUUGUAGUGUCAAGAACCUGAGCCAGACUGAGUGCAAUGAAGCUUCAGAAAAAUAUGUGGUCCAAAAGAACAUCUACGCGUGGGAGUCCCUAGGGAUAGGGAAGUACCUGACCGCCCUGGCUAUCUCGGGACCUGUGUACAUCAUCCUGCUUUUCCUCAUCGAAACCAGCGCAUUCUGGACGCUGAAAGCCAGGCUCUCUGACUUCUGCGGGAAGCCAAGUUUGGCAGUGCCGCUCAAUGUGCCAUCAGCACCUGAGGACCAAGAUGUGGCCAAGGAAGCAGAAACUAUCAAGAUGCAUUUGGAAAAGUUGUGCAAGAAAAAUCCCCUGGUUGUUAAGGAAGUGUCAAAGGUCUAUGAGAACAAGGUGCCCGUGGUGGCUGUGAACAAGGUAUCCUUCACUGUUCAAGCGAAAGAAUGCUUUGGCCUUCUUGGCCUCAAUGGAGCAGGGAAGACUUCCAUUUUCAAAAUGCUGGCCGGGGAGAAGCCAAUAACUUCUGGGGAGGCCUUUGUCAGGGGUAUCAGCAUCAGCUCUGACCUAGAGAGAGUGCGGAAGUGGAUUGGCUACUGUCCCCAGUUUGAUGCUUUGCUGAACUUCAUGACAGGCCGUGAGACACUGGUCAUGUACUCCCGGAUCCGAGGCAUUCCCGAGUGCCACAUCAGCACCUGUGUGGACCAGAUUCUUGAGGACUUGGUCUUGUACAUGGAUGCUGACAAGCUAGUGAAGACCUACAGCGGGGGCAACAAGCGCAAGCUGAGCACGGGCAUCGCCCUCCUCGGAGAGCCUGCGGUCAUCUUCCUGGACGAGCCGUCCACGGGCAUGGACCCCGUGGCCCGGCGCCUGCUCUGGGACACUGUGGCCCGGGCCCGCGAGUCUGGCAAGGCCGUCGUCAUCACCUCCCACAGCAUGGAGGAGUGCGAGGCCCUGUGCACCCGGCUGGCCAUCAUGGUGCAGGGUCAGUUCAAGUGCCUGGGCAGCCCGCAGCACCUCAAGAGCAAGUUCGGCAGCGGCUACUCCCUGCAGGCCAAGGUCCGGAGCAGAGGGCAGCAGGAGGCGCUGCGGGAUUUCAAGGCCUUUGUGGACCUGACCUUCCCAGGCAGCGUCCUGGAAGAUGAGCACCAGGGGAUGGUCCACUACCACCUGCCCGGCCACAACCUCAGCUGGGCGAAGGUGUUUGGCCUUCUGGAGGCAGCUAAGAACGAGUACCAGCUGGACGACUACUCCGUCAGCCAGGUCUCGCUGGAGGACAUCUUCCUGAGCGUCGCCUACCCCAUGUACCGCACACAAGGCCAGGACCAGCGUGGGCAAACGCCGCCUCCGCCCCGCUCUUCAGCCCCUCCCCCAGCCCCUGCCCUUCUGUAAUAAAGACUCCCUGGUGCCCAGCUGGCCCAGGGGUGCGCAAGGCCGCUCAGCGAGGCUCUCCCCGGACGCAGUUCACUGAGCAGGGUGGGCCAGUGGCUCAGCGGCUGGAUGAGACCAGUGCACAGGGAUACCCCGAGUCCCUGCAGUGGGCUGUGGCCUCCGCAGGUCCUCUCACCAGCAGUGACUGUUGGUGACACAGCAGUGACCACUCUGUGCCCCGUUCACAUCCUGUCCCUCGGCCGUACCUCCCUCAGGGCCAGGUACGGAGCGCGUCCUGGGCCUGGCUGUGCCCUGCCCGGUGGGUGAGGGUCUGCAGGCACGGCACAGGCACGAGGUGGCCGCAUGCGUGAGGCUGGCUGCUCGGUGCACCGCCUGCACGUGCAGCUUCGCCCGCGCUGGAACCCCAGCUUCAGGUUUGCCUCCGGGUGCGGGGACAGCACGCGUCUGCUGUCUGCUCACCCAGGGCAGCACUUGGAUUCCUGGGCCUUCCUGGGCGUGGCCCUGGCUCGCGGGGGCUGCGCGGGACCCUGCACCAGGCCUCCCUCAUUUCCCAGGGGAGCCAGUGGACUGUCCACGGCCAGAAGCCUGCAGCAGAGGUGGGGAGCCCCACACUGCAGACCGACCGCACCUGGGCGGCUGUCCGAAAUGCUGGCCGGGUCCCCUCAGCCCUGUGGAGUCAGAAGUCCUGGGGCAGCGCCCAGCCCUGUCAGGGGCGCUCCUGAUGUCCUGGGCCUGGGUGUGCCCUCAGGUGGCCGUUGGGCUCCCGGGAAGAGUGGCCCACAGGCCUGGCACACGUCAGCACACCCCCGACCUGUUCUGAGCAGGGGCUCCCACUUCGACCCCGCCUGACUGCGAGGGGACGCCCCGGGCCCCCAGCACCGCUCCCUCUCGACCCGACUCCCCCUCCGGGGCGGCUCAUCCCGCAGCGCGACCCGCGGACCGGGACACUGUCGCAGCCUGAUCACCGCCUUCCAGGCGCCAGCCAAGCCGCCCCCGGCCGCGAGGGCAGCAGUCGCCCUUCCCGCCCGGGGCCGCUGGGGCUUCCUG